GUUUUCUCUUUUUCUUUCUUUUCUUUUUGAACUUGUCUUUUUUUUUUAUAUUUAUAUUCAUAUUUAUAUUUAUAUUCAUAUAUAUUUAUUUUGGGGCAAUAUUAAGAAAUGAAUCGGCCUGAAUUACAAGAUGCAUUCUCAAAAACAUUGGAUACUAAGCCUCGUCAUUCAUACGUAAAUCAUAUUAAACAACAAUUUCAGGAAGAGGAGGUCGGUAACAAACGAGUUAAUGGUUCAACAGUAAACAGACUUUCUCGUGUUUUUGAAGCAACUCAUCUUGAUAAACCUCCACUCCCUAGUAAGCCUCCAAUAUUAAAUUCAUUAUCUACAGAACAAAAGCCUCAGUCUAUUCAAAGGCCUCAACUCCUUAUUCACACAGCAGAAAUUGAUGAGACACAACUAACAUUUAAAGAUCUUCGUGCAAAAUUUCAACAAGAAAACUCAAUUCCCACUAAAAGUCCUCAACAAAUUAACUACAGACCACCUAUACCAUUAAAACCUUCAAAAACAGGUCCACCUUUAUUACCAGAAAAAAUAAUUCUAGCAGCUAAAACAGGACCGCCCGCUUUGCCCAUAAAGCCAAGAACAAAUAAUCAAAAAUAUACCGAGCCAUCGCAUCACCCAUUACCACCUUUGCGACAAUACCAGUCAUCAACACAACAACUUGAGCCCAAUGAUGCUCUUCAUCGAGCUUCAAAUUUAGCUAGUACAUCUGCUUCAAUAUUAUCUAUUCCUACUAUGUUAUCACGAACAGAGACAGGCAAUAGUAGUAUCCUUAGUACCACUUCAACUUCAUCUCAAGCAUCUUCUUUUACGAAUUCAAAACGAGGCUGGCACAUUAGUAAUUGGUUCACAAACCAACAACAUCAGCAACAGCGACAACAAAACGAACACUUGAAAAACUCAAUUCGAAGGCCCGACUCAGAUAAUAGUAAUGAUGAAGAAAAUGAACCAGCUAAAACUGUCUCCCCUCAAUAUACAGCAGAUAUAAAACCGAAUAUAAUAGAAAAGCGUAGAAAAGUAGUUGAGGAAUUGAUAGAGACAGAGAAAUCAUAUCAGAAAGAUAUGACUUUAUUAAAAGAUAUUUAUUAUGAUGGAGCAUGUAAAGCAGGCGUCUUUUCAAAAUCAGAUAUGCGACACUUGUUUUCAAAUUUGAUCAACAUAGUUGAAUUUGAGAAGACUUUUGUUACCCUUUUGGAGACUUCUUGUGAGCAGGACUCAAUUGGAUCUUCCUUUAGUGAAAUGGUAAAGUAUGCGUACUAUUGAUAGUAUUUAUAGCGAAUAUUGUAAAAGGCAUGAAGAUGCUGUAUUCAAAUUGCAAGAAUUAGAAAUUCAACCCAAAGUGCAGAUGUUUUUAAACGAAUGUAAAGAAC